AUGCCUUCAAGAUUAGAAACACCUGUCUUGCAGGUAGACGCCAAUGUUAUUCACAAGGUCGACACAACCAAUGCCCAGAACCUCUUCAGCAUGUGGACAGUCUUUGCACGAUGCGCCGACUCUGUUGCUCAGGGCCGAAGACUAGAGAACCUGUCUUGGAGGUUAUGGACGCGCGAGACCUUCUGCGUGGACAACAGCGACGCCAGCAGCACCGCCAGCACGGCCUCCCUGCCCAGGAAUAUUGAGCACUCCGAGAGCAAUUCGACCGAGGACAUCCCCCAGCUGUCCGGCAGCGUCGACUCUGUCGCCGACGAGGAGGCCGUCGAGUUCAGCGCACAGUCAGCACCCAUGGAGAUCCUGCGCCCCAGGAUACUGCGACAAGACUCGUGUGCCAGCAGCCGGAGCCGAGGCAAGGAGCGCCACAUCACAUCAGAUGACCUCGAGAAGAUGGUCGCCUCCAUUGUCCAACAAAAGGAGCCUCUGAACGCGCCCCUCCCCGAGAUUGCUUCUUCCUACAACCCGCCUCAACCCGAGACCAAGGAGCCCCUACCGGCUUUUGAGCACUCCGGGUCCACCACGACCGAGUCGCCCUCCAAGGCCUCGGACGCGCCGUCUUUCGAGUCUCCCCAGCAGCCCUCCUCUCCCGAGCUCGCCGCCUCCCGCAGCAAGACCACCGUUGUCCGAGGCUUCUCUCCCUCCCAGAUGCCCACCUACCGAUCCAUGCCGACGCCGCACAAGGCCUCUUCUGAUGACUCUAUUCCCGAGCCCAACUCUUCUAUCGCACCCAAGCUUGUGCAGCCCAAGAAGCAGCCCAAGUUUGCUCUUGGUGGUUCUUCAUGCGAGGACUCGAUGAGCGACCAGGCCCACAGCCUGGACCUUCGCAAGCAGCCUGUGCCUCCGCCUAAGCGCAAGAUGUUCCAGGUCGGCGGCUCGUCCGAGGAGGAUGGCUCCCUCAAGAGCGCCAUGCACUCCUCGCGCAACUCCCUCCUCACCGCCCAGAAGAAGCAGGCAUCCUUCAGCAACCAGCUGGUCACUCGCAUCCCAUCAGCUCCCGCCGUCAUUGACGAGUCGGAGACCGAGGGGGACGACGUUGACGAGAGCGCCAUCGACGACGAUGACGACUCGUCUGACUGGGAAGACUCGAUCGAGGACAGCGGCAAGUCGAGCAUUGACGACAAGACGUUCUUCCAGCGCGUCGACUCCAAGGUCAACCUGACCUCGAGGCGAUCGCUCAUCACGCUCAUGCUUGCGCAGAAUGACCGCCAGCAGAAGCUCGGCAACGCGGCGUCUCAGUCAACCUCGGCCAUCAGCCGGACACGUGGCGCCCGCCAGCCUCCAUCCCUGGUCGCCUCUCCCAACGACUCGGACGAGGCUCCCCUCAUGAUGCGCCGUGGCACUCGUGGUGCGCCCCUGCGGCCCAUCAACGAGGUCCCUCGGUCGUCUGCGCAGCCCAUCAUGACCACCACCAACAACAUUGCCCACCAAGCCGCCCUGUCCCCGCGCACCACCCGCCGCAAUAUGCUCUCCACCGAGCUUACCGAGUCUCUCCGCCGCCACCUGCUCUGGGAGAGGUCGCAGAAAUCAUCGACUGCCAAUGCCGUCCUCAAGCGCCGCCACACCUCGCACGAUGUGGCCAACCUGAAGCAGUACCCGGAGAAGGUUCACAUCAACAAGGACACCGAUGUGCCGGCUAGCAGCUGGGACCAGUACUUCAACAGGGAUGCAUUUAACGGCUACCACUCCAAGGGCUGGUAA